AUGCCUCCCCCCCGAGCCCUAGUUUCCCACGGCCCCUACAAAACCAAAGGCUGGAAGCUCGAGAACGUAUCCCUGCGACCUCUCCGAGAAAACGAACUACUUGUGGAAGUGAUUGCCUCGGGCAUCUGUCAAACGGAUUUACAUUUCGCGGGGUUGCAAAGUGGUCAUGGGGUGCAUUAUCCGAGGGUGAUGGGGCAUGAAGGGGCAGGAUACGUCCGACAACUCGGACCUAAUGUGACAACCGCCCAGGUCGACGACCCAAUCCUCAUGUCUUUCUCAGCAUGUCAGACCUGCGAAUGUUGUCGUCGGGGCCAUCCCGCGCAUUGUCACAGUUUCGAUCGGAUUAAUUUCGAGGCGACGGGUGAGAAUCGUGUAUUUUGGGAGAAGGGGGAAUGGGAGGGGUCAGCGGAGCCGGAGAUCUUUGGGCAGUUCUUUGGGCAGUCGAGUUUUGCGAGCUGGACGAUUGUGCGGGAGGAUGCGGUGGUGAAUGUUUCUGGGUUGGUGGAGGGGAGGGAGGAUCUUCAGCUGUUGGCGCCGUUGGGGUGUGGGAUUCAGACGGGGGUGGGGGCGGUGAUUAAUGCGGCUGGGGCACAGGCUGAAGAUACGGUUGCGGUUUUGGGGCUGGGAGGGGUGGGAUUGAGUGCUGUGAUGGGGGCGAGGAUUGCUGGGUGUAAGACGAUUGUUGGGAUUGCGCGGAAUGAGGCCCGUCUGCAGUUGGCGUUGGCGUUGGGGGCGACGCAUGUGGUUAAGAUUGAUUCUGCAGAUCUGAGUGCUGUCACGGAGGGGGUGCGUGCGGUGACGAACGGGGUGGGUGCUGAUGUGACGUUGGAGACCACGGGAGUGCCGGAGUUGGUGGCGGAGGGGAUUCGCAUGACGGCUAACAAGGGGAGGGUGGUGCAGUUGGGGACGGCGCCGGAGAUGGCGGUGCUGAAUCUCCCCAUUCAUGAGUUAUGGGAGUUUGUGCCCCGGAUGAUUGAGUGGGUGAAGGAGGGUCUGUUGCCGUUGCAGAAGAUUGUGGGCUUUUAUCCGGCAGAAGAGUUUGAGGUGGCGAUUGCGGAUAUGAAGAGUGGGAGGACUAUCAAGCCGGUUCUGCUAUGGUGA